UUCGCUUUUUAUAGUCUCUCAACAGAGAACAACAGAGAGAGAGAGAGAGGAGCAAGAAACAACUCAUUUUGAGUGCGUUCUUCAAAUUCGACCGAUAGAAAGAAAAGAAAAAACCCUGAAUUAAUCUUUUUUUGGGUUUCUUAAAUUAGGGUUUUAAUCUGUAAGCUUGUCUCCGCCAUUCAAAGCCUGCAACUUCUGUUCUGGCAAUAAAAUUGCAAAGAAGAAAUCAACUGAAUCUUCUGGAAUCACUCCAUUGUUUAUUCAAUACCCUUUUAACUUCAUUUUUAAAAUAUUUGUUUUCGGGGGUUCUCUAAAUUUGGAGGAAGUUUUUUCUCCCCAGCCUACAGACACCUCUAAAUUCAGGGACAGAGCUAGGAAGAGGAAUUUUCUUUUAUUUUUUACUUCUCUAUUGAUUUUUUGUUAUUCUAUUUGCUCUGUGGUUCGGUUCUGUGUUUUAUGAUCUGUUUGAAACCGACGUUACCGAAAAGUGAAACCGAGUUUUCUGCCGUUCUCCGUAAUCGAUUUCAUGGUAAAAAGAGGACGAAAAAGCUAUCUGUAGAGAAGAACCUUGAAUUCAGGUUAUCUCUGGUUGCGGGAAAAUCAAUGAUAAUGGACUCGACGGGGAAGGGAAAGGAAUCGCCGAUGUCGUUGAUUCUGACAUCGGGCGCGAGUGGACGAGUGAAUGCUCUUCUAUCACUACGGGUGUUGAAGAGCCUGUUAAUGCUGAUUAAUGCGUUUGUUCUGUUCCUGCUAGUGCCCUUCCGGGGACGGAGACGAAGCAUUUCUCCAGCGGCAACGGUAGAGAAACCGUCCAAGGAUGAAAAGCAGGAAAUCAGCAGGAAGACGCCAGUCUUGCGAGUUCCUGCGGCGAUGGUUCCCAGGAGGAGUAACUCGGUGGUGACAGGGGACCAGGAGGUGGCAGCGAGGAGAGCGCUUGCCAUCAAGAGGGCGAGGCAGGAUGAUGGCGAUGAGUCGGUUAGGGAAGUUUCGUUCUUUGUCACCUCAAGAGGUGAUACGCUGUUUACACAAUCAUGGGCGCCAGUUUCGAUUAGGAUCAAGGGAUUGGUUGUUAUUUUACAUGGUCUCAAUGAGCACAGUGGCCGAUACAAUGCUUUUGCAAGGAAGCUUAAUGCUAAUGGAUAUAAAGUUUAUGGAAUGGAUUGGAUCGGACAUGGCGGUAGUGAUGGGCUGCAUGGAUAUGUUCAUUCAUUAGACUCUGCUGUCAGUGAUAUGAAAGCAUUUCUUGCGAAGGUUUUAGCUGAAAAUCCAGGGCUUCCAUGCUUUUGCUUUGGACACUCAACAGGUGCAUCAAUUGUUUUAAAGGCAGUACUAGACCCAAAGACUGAAGCCCUCAUUGAAGGUGUGGUGUUGACUUCCCCUGCAGUUAGAGUUCAGCCAUCACAUCCAAUUUUUGGUGUGCUUGCUCCGAUAUUCGCCUUUCUGUUACCAAGAUACCAAUUCAGUGCUGCAAACAAGAAAGGAAUGCCGGUUUCUCGUGAUCCAGAGGCACUAGUGGCUAAGUAUUCUGAUCCCCUAGUGUACACUGGUUCCAUCAGGAUUAGAACUGGGGCAGAGAUUCUUCGUAUCUCAUCCUACUUGCAUCAGAACCUGUGCAAACUAAGUGCCCCCUUUCUAGUUCUGCACGGCACUGCUGAUACUGUUACUGACCCUGAAGCUUCUCAGCAACUUUAUGAGGAAGCCUCUUCAACUGACAAAUCUAUCAAAUUGUAUGAAGGAUUCUUACAUGAUCUCCUUUUUGAACCUGAACGUGAGGAUAUUAUGAAGGACAUCAUCAAUUGGUUUAAUUCUAGAGUAAAAGCCUAGGUAGUGGCGUAAUGCAUAGUGGGUACCUGGAAGAUAACCUGAAGAAUCAAAUGGCAAUCUAAAAUGUGGCACACAUUUUGCUAAAUUGCCACUUUGAAGUUCUCCAUGAAUUUUGUUCAUCAGAUUCUGAGGAUUUUAUGCAGAUUUCUGCAAUAUCUUUUUUGUAUCUUGGCAGGUGCCAGACUUUUUACGAGACACUUAAUUUAAUGAACACUGAUUGAAUGGAGUGUUCAAAAAGUGUUUGUAGACGAGACAAGCUCUUUAUGGUGAUAUCUAGCUCUUUUAUCUCCUUAUUUCUUUGAA